AAGACAAUAAAACAGUCCCGAGAAUAGGAGAGCAUAGUAGGGCUCAAAGAAAGAUAAAGAAUGGUGUUCUACGCUGAGAUAUGGAUAUAAGACAAUCAAAUUUUCUGUGCACUUUUUUCGGUUGUUUUCCUUUUUCCAUAUAUAUCCAAUUUAAAAUCUUUUUCGCUUUCAAACUGUUGCUUUGUGUUUUACAUCCACUUCUCUCUCUUUUCUUUCGUUUUUUAAUUCUUUCCGUCUGUUAUUUGGUAUUAAACAAAAGGUUGAACGAAACGUAAAAGAAUUCACGUCUACAAUAUGACUCGAGGAGUAAGUAGAAAGGAUGAGGAUUUGUACACCGAAGAAAAUUGCCCGUAAAAAGUUGGUCGUUGUUGGUGACGGUGGCUGUGGUAAGACAAGUCUCUUGGUUGUAUACCAAAAGAAAGCCUUUCCACAGAGAUACGUUCCGACUGUUUUUGAGAAUUAUAUCGCCAAUGUACCUUUGGAUAAUGGAAAAAUUGUAGAGCUAGCAUUAUGGGAUACUGCAGGACAGGAAGACUACGAUAGAUUACGACCAUUAUCAUAUCCAGAAACAGAUGUCGUGCUUAUUUGUUUUGCCAUCAACUUACGUACAUCCUUUACAAACGUUCAAGAUAGAUGGUUACCAGAAGUAACGCAUUUCUGCGAAAAUGUACCUAAACUGCUAGUUGGCACAAAACUCGAUUUCAGAACAAAUCAAGACGAGAUUAGAAGGUUAAGCCUUGUAGGUCAAAGGCUGAUUACACCGGAAGAGGGCGAACAAUUGGCCAGAGAAAUCGGAGCCAAAUAUUACGAGUGUAGUGCACUGCAAAAAAUUAAUGUAGAUGAAGUUAUAGAGGCUGCUACAAAGGCAGCAUUAUCUGGCGGACGACGACUUCAUAAGAAGCUUUGUACUAUUCUUUAGAGGCUAUAUGCUGUAUACACAAUUUGACACAUACACCCCCUUUAUAUCAUUACCUUCACCCUUUUCCCUACAUACUGUUUCAUCCUAAGAUGACUUACCUAGCUCUACGUACUACAUUCAAAUUAUACUUUCUAAUCCUUCGAAAGGAUGUAUCUCAUUAAUAUUAUUAGCCGCC